AUGAUCGUCUCCAAGUAUCCUUCAAUUCAGGGCAUUAACUUUGACUUACCAUCCGUCGUACAACAUGGCCUAUCCCAUCCAGGAAUAAAGCAUGUUGGAGGAGAUAUGUUCAAAAGCGUUCCACAAGGUGAUGCUAUAAUGAUGAAGUUUAUAACUCAUAACUGGGCAGAUGAAAACUGCAUACAGAUUUUAACAAACUGCCAUAGAUCUCUCAAAAACGAAGGCAAGCUUAUUAUUAUUGACCUGAUAAUGCCAGAAAUACCAAAUGGAAGCGAUGAGCAUAAAUAUGUUUCAGUUCUUGACAAUCUCAUGUUCUUGCAAGCUGGUGGAAAGGAACGAACUGAGAAAGAAUUCGAAGCUCUUUGUAAAGCUAGUGGCUUUUCCAGCUACAAAAUUGCAGCUCGUGUUCCUUCCGCAGCUUUAGGAGUCAUUGAGUUUUAUAAAUAAACUAGAUUGUCUCCAUCUACUAAACUUUGUAUGGAGUCUAAAGAGAGUCACUUCAGAUACAUAUAUACAUAUAUAUGGUCCAUGAAUAAUGCAUAUGACUGGCGGGUAUGUACGGUUCAUGUUGCGUAUAGAAUAAAUAAGGGUAAUUUAUGAGUAAGGAAUGAAAUACGUGUGUAAUAUAUGUACUGGUUUAUGAAUAAUGAUUGUCUUUUUCUUUUCAGUGUUA